CAUCGCUCUUUUCUCUCCCAUCAGACUCUCAGCGCCGUGUCUCUCAGCGACUCCCCCGACCACACCACUUUCCCAAUCUACAAUUAUGUCCCUGCUAUUAACAGUUUCUUAAAAUUUUGUUUCUCUCCCUCGAAGCCAAAACCAGAACCCUCUUAAUUUCGGAUCUUGAAUUUCGUAGGAAAAAUAGAUCCAUAAAUAAAAAAAUUAAAACCCAAACCCAGAAUUCUGGGAUCAGAUCCGUAUUUGCUCUGAUUGGAAAACCAGAACCAUGUCGUGCUUAGCCCUCUCUCUACAACCGGCCAAUGGAUCAGACAUCCUGCUCCAGACCCGCGAGUGGUUCCCACCCGCCCGAGCUCUCGUUGCACUCUCCGCCUUCCGUCAAACCCGCCUUGCCUUCGCCGCCGCCAAACAUAACCAGCCCCGCCAAUCCUCCAACGCUUCCUCCUCCAUGUCCAAUGCCGACGAGACCGCUGACUCAAUCGCCUCCAUCGGCGACGACCCACUUGCCGCCUCCAGCGGUCAGCUCAUCGUCGGCGUCGAGAGCCGUUAUCGGGUCGUGUACCGCCUUGUCAACAGUAUCUAUGUUCUGGGUAUCACCACCGCCGACCAUGAUAACUCCAUCAAUGUCUUUGAGUGCAUCAACAUCGUUAAUCAGGCCGUCAGCGUCAUCGUCACCGCCUGUCGCGGCGUGGAUGUGACCCCAGAGAAGCUCAGCCGCAAGUACGCCGAGAUUUAUAUGGCCCUCGACAUUGUCCUCAGGGGAGUCAGCAACAUUCGACUCGCCGCCAUGCUCGCUUCUUUGCACGGCGACAACAUCGCGAAGAUGGUGCAUUCCGCCAUCGACACCGAAAACAAGAUUCGCGGCGCCGAGAACUGGAAGUCCGUAGAGGGGCAUUCCGUCGAGCACCAGGCGUGCGUUGACGCUUUCUCCAAUGUGAACUUCGAAAUGCCACCGGAGACAAUUGCGGUGGGGGAUGAGGUCGUAGCGAGCAUUGCUCCCGUGGUGCACAUGGAUCAGCUAGAUCAGAAGCAAGAGAAGGAGGAGGAAAGUGAAGCUGAGAAAGACCCAUUUGCGGCGAGCGAUAAGAUUAGCCAGCCUGAGUCGCUAGUUGGUGGGUUCAAGAAGGAUAAAGAUUCGGAUUUGUCGAAAGCUUUGGCGGGUCUUGAAGUAACCACCUUGCCUCCUGCGGAGGCGACCCAAUCGACGCAUAUUGCCGUUGAAGGCUUUGAAGGUGAGUAUGGUGGGAUUGAGUUCGGUAAUGAGCAAGCUACACUUGGUGAAACUUUUGAAGGUUUCAGUGACGCUUGGGGUGGAGGGUUGGACCCCUCUGAGUUUGUUGGUCCGACGAAAGUUAAGAAAGAGCAAGGCCUUGGUGGUCUUGAAUUGCUACAGACUGGAGCUGAGCCUGCAAAAUCUGGUGCUGCUGCUGCUGCUGCUGCUGCAGGAGGAACAGCAGGUACUCCUCUUGAUAAUCUGGUUAAGUCUACUGAAAUGAAGGGUCCGGAAAUGUACAUUUCCGAAGAGAUUAGUGCCGAGUUUAGGGAAUCAUUGCUUGCUAGAGUAGGUUUAAUGGGUGUUGUUUAUUUGAAAACUUUGCCUCCCAAAGCCUCUGAUGAUAAAGAAACCGAGUUUUCAUUCAACGUUGAAGGUACAAGUGCAGUUAAGAGAUUUGUUAUGCAGAGUUCUCGUGUUAGUAGUCUCGGCAAUGGGAUGUUUCAUGUGAGGACCGCACCCUCUGAUGAAGCUUUACCAAUUUUGAAGUACAGUUUGCUACCUAGGUUAACACCAUUGCCUUUGAGGGUUCGUCUUGUAAAACGUCAGAGUGGAACCUUACUAUCAGUGAUGAUACAGUAUGUUUCGAACCCCGAUUUGCCGGCCCCAUUGAAUAAUGUGACAUUUGUUUUGAAACUACCGGUUGACCCUUCAUUGCUGAAGGUUUCACCUAAAGCAAUAUUGAAUAGGUCUGAGAAAGAAUUGAAAUGGCAUAUUCCAGAAAUUCCAUUAAAGGAUUCUCCUGGCCGGUUAAGGGUGAGGAUGCCUAUUGAUCCUGUUGAGGACGAUGGUGGUGAAAACAUUGAGGUUGUUGCUCAUGUGAAAUUUUCUGUACAAGGAACUAAAUCAUUGUCUGGGGUUUCUCUAAAACCUGUAAACGAGGGUAGCACAGACUUUUACGAGGUUAGUCACAGGUUUGAGAGUGGAGUAUAUAUAUGCAACUGAUCCAUGAUGGACUCACUGUUUUAUUGUAGAUUGUUUGUGUUUCUAUUUUUCUUCAUUUGUUUGAGGGAACUACAAGAUAUUGAUGUGUUUGUGGCAUUCUUUGAAAUUGAGCUUGUACUUUAAAUUUUGAGUUAAUAUGAAGCUGUAACCAUAUGUUGUUGGGUCUUAA